AGUAAGGAGAAGGAACCCUAGUCCUUAGCCACCAGUCCAGGAUGCAGAUAUUCGUGAAAACCCUGACGGGGAAGACGAUAACCCUUGAGGUGGAGUCUUCCGACACAAUCGACAACGUCAAGGCAAAGAUCCAGGACAAAGAGGGUAUUCCUCCCGAUCAGCAGCGCCUCAUCUUCGCCGGAAAACAGUUGGAGGAUGGUCGCACCCUCGCCGACUACAACAUCCAGAAGGAGUCCACCCUCCACCUCGUCCUGCGCCUCCGAGGCGGCGCCAAGAAGCGCAAGAAGAAGACGUACACCAAACCCAAGAAGAUCAAGCACAAGCACAGGAAGGUGAAGCUCGCCGUCCUCCAGUUCUACAAGGUCGACGACUCCGGCAAGGUUCAGAGGCUCAGGAAGGAGUGCCCCAAUGCCGAAUGCGGCGCCGGAACCUUCAUGGCCAACCACUUCGACCGCCACUACUGCGGCAAGUGCGGCUUGACCUAUGUUUACCAAAAGCCCUCUGCUUAAUUUGCUUUCUCAACUUUUCAUUUUUAUUAGUGCGGUAUACAGUGCCUCAUUCUUUCGCUUUCUUCAUAGCUUCCUUUCUAGACAUUUUAUCAACACCGUUCUCUUUAGUAUUUUUUUAACUAUUCACUUCAAUA